GGCGGCAGGGAGGAUCGGAUGGCGGGGCCUGGAGCCCCCCACCGGGGCCGGGGCUGGGCUCCCGCUACCACCCACCACCGCAUUUCCACACUGAGUGUUCUCGGGCCCGGACGGCCACUUCCCACCCGGCCAGGGGUGGGGUUGGGGGGUUGGCCCUGCCGGACGCCAUGACUUUCGCGGAGGUCCUGGAGCAGCUCGGGGGCCUGGGGCGCUUCCAGUGGGUGCACAUGGCUGCCUUGGUGGCCCCGGUGCUGCUCACGGCCUCCCACAACCUCCUGCAGAACUUCUCGGCCGCCGUCCCUCGACACCACUGCCGGCCCCACCCUCCACCCCCUGGGACCCCGGCGGGGAACUGGACCGCCGAGGCCCUGCUCAGGGUCUGGGUCCCGCUGGACACCGGCCGGAGGCCGGUGAGCUGCCUCCAGUUCUCCCACCCGCAGUGGCAGCUCCUGGAGCCCGACAACGGCACGACCACCAAUGGGACCACCGCCGCCGCCGCCGCCACCGAGCCCUGCCGCCACGGCUGGACCUAUGACCGCAGCGAAUUCACGGAGACCAUCGUCACGGAGUGGGACCUGGUGUGUGACUCAUGGACUCUGACCCAGAUGGCCCAGUCCAUUUACAUGGCGGGGGUACUGGUGGGCGCCCUGCUCUUCGGGAGCUUCGCGGACAGGUUUGGGCGUAAGGCCCUGCUCAGCUGGUCCUACCUGCAGCUGGGUGUGGCAGGAACGUCCAUGGCCUUCUCCCCUGGCUUCUCCACCUACUGCGCCCUCCGCUUUCUCGUCGGGAUGGCGCUCUCCGGGAUCGUCCUCAACUGCAUCUCGCUUGUCUUGGAGUGGGCGCCCACCCGGACCCGCACCAUCACCGGGGUGCUGACAGGCUACUCAGCUACCCUGGGGCAGAUCCUCCUCCCUGGCCUGGCAUUCGCCUUCCCCAACUGGCGCUGGCUCCAGCUGGCCAUCUCCCUGCCCUUUUUCAUCUUCUUCUUCUACUCCUGGUGGUUUGCGGAGUCGGCACGCUGGCUGGUCCUGGCGGGGAGGCCCCAGGAGGCCGUCCGGGUGCUGAAGAGGGUCGCCCGGAUCAACGGGGAAAAGGCCAAAGGAGACGAGCUCAGUGAGGAGGUCCUGCAGGCCCACCUGCAGAAGGAGCUGGCCCUCGCCCAGACCCCCGUCACCCCCUGGGACCUGGUGCGCACACCCGUCGUGCGUCACAUCUCCUGCUGCCUGGCCGUGGUCUGGUUUGCCACCAGUUUCGCCUACUACGGCCUUGCCAUGGACCUGCAGGGCUUCGGGCUGCCCGUGCACCUGCUGCAGCUGCUCUUCGGCUCCGUGGACAUUCCUGCCAAGCUCCUCUCUACCCUGGCCAUGAGCCAGGCCGGCCGGCGGGGCACUCAGGUGGCUGCCCUCGUGCUGGCGGGACUGGCCAUCUUGGCCAACCUGUUCGUCCCCCACGAGCUCCGGGCCCUGCGUACCACCCUGGCCGUGCUGGGGAAAGGCUGCUUGGCCGCGUCCUUCAACUGCAUCUAUCUGUACACCGGGGAGCUCUACCCCACCGCCAUCAGGCAGACCGGGUUGGGUGUGGGCAGCACCAUGGCCCGGGUGGGAGGCAUCGUGGCCCCCGUGGUGAAGCUGAUGGGUGAGAGGACCCCCCUGCUGCCCCCCAUCAUCUACGGGGCCACCCCCGUCCUCUCCGGCCUGGUGGCCCUCGCCUUGCCAGAGACCCGGAACCAGCCCCUGAAGGACACCGUGGAGGAAGUGGAGAACGGAGCCCGGCGGCUAGGAGAGGCUGAGCCCCAGCAGAAGAUUUCUCUCCGGGCCCCGGCCGGGGACCCGCAAGGAGGUGCCCACAAGUGACCCUGAGUCCAGAGAACUCAUUUCGGGCACCAGGACGUGAGAUCCGGGAACCAGAUUUCCGGACCAGAAAGCAGGGUACCUGGAUUCAAUGCCUGACUCCGUCGCUGAUGUCCUGAACUCCAAGUCCGCCCCCCUCCCCUAUUUACAUCCGUGCCUGGGAUGCUCUAGUUUUAUUCUCCCAGGAGACAGGAGGAUGAGCAUGAUGAUCUGUGGCGGUUUCCGUGAAAUAUCCCCCCACCUCCUCGUGUGCCCGGCAUAUAGUAAGCGCUUAACAAAUACUCCAGCGUGUGGAUCCAACGUGUGAGGCAGAAUAAAACUCAAUUUUUCUUCCCUGGUCAGCUUCGGCCUUUAGUGGGCCUGAGCUCUGUCGCCCUCAGGGCACUCUCCCUCCCACCGGCAGAGAACCUCAGUUUCCCCGCCAGUCAACCAGGGCCACGCACCUGGGGGGGAGUUCAAUAAAUCACUGUGGGGGAUGAGGA